GGUGUUCUGUCCAGAUUCCGGUAGUUACCCCAAACUCCGGCCUCUCCUCUCCUCAACUGGUGCCGCCUACUUCGCCCUCCUUUCCCCCUAGGGGCGCAUGGCGGAGGCUGUCUUCCCGGUCGAUCUGGAGGCACGCCGCCGGCCGGCUACCCCAGCUCCUCUCCCCACCGAGAUCUAGGUUGAGGCUCCCAAGGGUGCUCAAUAUUCUCCCUCUCCAACUUGCUCUAGCUUCGAUCCGGUGGUUUGCGGCCGGCGUCGCCGAGACCGGUCCCGACCCCAAACGCGGUUCCCAAACCGCACGCUGACCGUGCCCCUUCCGUCGCCGGCAUCGGCCACUCGCUGCUGCCUCCAAAAGCAUUGUGCGCUCGGAUUGUAGCUUUUGUUAGGUGUCUCCUCUCCGUUCAGUGCCUAUGGUCCCGCCCGUGCACCAGCAGGCUAGUAUCAUGCCAAUCAAUACACUAAAAGAGGAGUUGGAGUUGGAAGAAAAGGAACUGUUGUGCGCACCCAAAAAGCCCAAAUUUACGGAGUCCGUUGUCCAACAGCAGCAGGAAACUCAAGUUCUCGCUGUUGAGAGUGAGCAUAAAGGCCAUGGUGAUCCUUCACUGAAAGAUUCUGCUUGUGUAGUGCAGAGCGAUGGUGAAGCAAACGGUUGCAGUGAGGGGCUUGUUUCUGGCAGUACAAAUAAAGAACUACCAGCAAGGUCGCGACUGGAUCAACUCUGCAGUGCAAUUGGCUGGAAGUGUCCAACAUAUGACUUUGAAGACCAGGGAUUUUAUCAUACAAAACUGUUCAAAUGCAAGGUGACUGUCCAUGUGGAGACAUUCUCGGACACUGUUGUGGAGUGCUACAGUGAACCCAACCCUCAGAAGGAAGCUGCCCAGGAACAAGCUGCUCAAGGGGUAUUAUGGUGCCUUAAGUGCCUUGGUCAUGUUAAGUAAUUCUAGAUGUGCUCCAUCAAGCGAGGUGUCUGCCAUUUUGUGAUUAUCUGAUCCAUCAUAAGAGCAGUGCUCGGACGCUCUUUAUUGAAUCUGGGGUCAGGGUUAGAUCAAUAUCACGGUGUUGUCAGCUGAUGCUUAUGCAAGACUGAAAUUGUUGCUCUGUUGUGGUGUAAUUAUUGCUUUAGUUCUCUAGACGAUUAGACCCUAGACCAGUUAUAGUCCCAGUCAGCUGUAGAAACUCUCAGUACGAUUAGCAAUCUGUUCAUGUUAUCAUGCAAGAGCACCCUUUGGAUUGCCUCAA